AUGCUUCCCAAAUCAAUAGAGAGCUCUAGCCCAGCCAUACUCACUGUCAUCAUACCAGCCACGAUCAACCGUAGGCCUACUGGUGACAAUGGCUAUAGCCUCCAGAGGUUUCUUACUGCGUGUCCAGAUGAGGAUGCAAACGUAAUUUUCGCAAGAAGAGCUGUUAGGGAAAGCUUCCCGGGAACUGUCACGCAAGCUCCCCCACAACCGCCUGUUAACGAGGCGACUCGCGAGAUCCCUUUGCGGCCAUACGCAUCAGCCACCUGGAUGCUUGCCAAUUCCAUUGAUGUGCAGCCACAACAAGCCCUCGAGACUUCUCGGUUCCAAGCUACCGGGGCCGGUAUCAUCAGCCCUACGCUACACAGGAACCUCAGUGCAGCCACACACACACUCCACCCGGAACCAGAGGUUGAAAGCCUGGGUUUCAGCCUGAGAACCUUCCUUGCAACCAAUCCAGUCGAUGAUGCCAAUGCUUCCUAUGGAAGGAUCGUCUUAAACGAAACCCCCCAAAACUAUUGCCCACUUACGCAAAUCCUUGAAGACUUCGAAGACGUGAUAGGCUUCGAUGGAAAGGUGGGCCGGCGGGGGGUGAGUUGUGAAGAGGAGGAGGGAGAGGAGGGUGAGCUCCCGAGGGUUAGGGGUACGGGAUUCGUAGGGCUACUGCCCUCCGACAAAAGUCUGCAGCACAGUAAAAAUGAGACUCCGGGGCCAGGACCUAGCAAAUCCGAUUGUUUCUUUUGA